UAAGGUUUUUGCUUUUCCAAAUCAAGAAGACAGUGCACGAAGCCAGGGGACAUCAGCCAUGCUCCAAACAUCUUGGCCUCAGGUGGUGAGUCCUGGAUGAAGGAGGAGGAGCCAGCUGUAAAGCAGGAAGCCUCUGAGCAGGCAGAAAUGUCCAGAAUGCCCGGAGGAGGACUGCUCAGAAAUGUCUCCCAACACUUUGACUUUAAAAGUAAGGCGACAUGGCAGACUUUCAGUCUGAAUCCAAAUCUGAUACUUCGGGGUGGAAUGAAGUUCUACGAAUGUAAAGAAUGUGGGAAAAUUUUCAGAUACAACUCAAAGCUGCUUCGGCACCAGAUGAGUCACACUGGGGAGAAGCCCUUCAAAUGUAAGGAAUGUGGUAAAGCUUUUAAGUCCAGCUAUGACUGCAUCGUACACGAGAAGAACCACAUUGGAGAAGGGCCAUACGAAUGUAAGGAGUGCGGCAAAGGUUUGAGUUCCAACACAGCCUUGACUCAGCACCAGAGGAUCCACACUGGAGAGAAGCCGUACGAGUGUAAGGAGUGUGGGAAGGCCUUCCGAAGGAGCGCAGCUUAUCUUCAGCAUCAGAGACUGCACACGGGAGAGAAGCUCUAUAAAUGCAAGGAAUGUUGGAAAGCUUUUGGGUGUAGGUCACUUUUUAUUGUCCAUCAGAGGAUUCAUACAGGGGAGAAGCCCUACCAGUGCAAGGAGUGUGGCAAAGCCUUCACUCAGAAGAUAGCUUCCAUCCAGCAUCAGAGAGUGCACACCGGCGAGAAGCCCUAUGAGUGCAAGGUGUGUGGGAAAGCAUUCAAAUGGUAUGGCAGCUUCGUUCAGCACCAGAAAUUGCACCCUGUGGAAAAGAAGCCUGCCAAGGUCCUUGGGCCAUCCCUGAUGAGUCCCCCGUGUGCCUCUUCAGCCUUCUCUGCUGUUCCUGUCCAGGGCCCAUGCUCUGCUGCCACGGUGGCUGUGCCUUCACUGACCUUUCCACAUGCUGUGCUCAUUCCUACCUCUGGGCCUUUGUUCAUGCUACUGCCUGCACCUGGAAUGCCUUCUUCACCUGUCCAAAUAGUGCGUGUCUUCCAGGGCCUUCCUUCCACUGUGAAGCCAUUGCCGGUUAUUCUGGCCCCUUCCCCUCACACCUCAUGAACUUUAUCUCAGCAGUCUUCUGGCUCUUGGGCCCAGCAGACCCUCAGCUUCACUUGAGUUUCAUUUGUAUAUGUGUGUGUUUUUUUUUGUUUUGUUUUGUUUUGUUUUUUUUUUACUUUAUAUGCAUUACAAUUGUUUCAGCAUAAACUCCAUUAUAAUUGUA